AGAACUUCAUUCCCCAUGUUGAAACUCGUCGGUGGCGGUGGCGGGCAGGACUGGGCAUGCUCAGUGGCGGGGACAGGUCUGCGAGGCGAGGAAGCCGCAUCUGAAGUCGCACGGCCCGGGGAUCUGGGGGCGGCGGCCGGCGGGGUCCCGGGCUGGGGGUGCGCGGGGGUCUGCGAUCCAGCGCCCGGGACGAGCAUGCUGCGCGCGGGCGCGGCGGAGCCGGCGCGCGGGGGGCAGGGAGCCGCCGAGGUGGGGGAGUCGGCGGGAGGAGGGGAGGAGCGCCUGGCUCGCCAUCCCCCGGCGUCGGCUCUGCGGCUGUUGAAUCGGAAGCCGCAGAGAGGCUCUGAGAAAAUAAAGACGCCCGAGAAUGACCUCCAGCGAGGCCGCCUGAGCCGGGGCCCUCGCGCCGCGCCGCCAGCCCCCGGCAUGGGCGACCGCGGCCGGCAGCCAGAGCGCCCAGCCCCGCGCUCCCCGGGGGCCCCCGUGGGCACCGGCGCCGCCGCCGUGAACGGGCUGCUGCACAACGGCUUCCACCCGCCGCCAGCCCCGCCGCCGCUCGCCUGCAGCCGGGGCUCCGUGGGCGGCGGCGGCGGCGGCGACGAGGUGCCCGCACGCCUUCAGCUCCCGUCCGAGCACCAGACGCAGCCGCCGCUCCCUCACCACGACUCGCCGGCCAAGAAAUGCCGGCUGCGGAGGAGGAUGGACUCGGGGAGGAAGAACAGGCCGCCGUUCCCAUGGUUUGGCAUGGAUAUCGGUGGAACUCUGGUUAAGUUGGUCUACUUUGAACCAAAGGAUAUUACAGCCGAAGAGGAACAAGAAGAAGUGGAAAACCUGAAGAGCAUCCGGAAGUAUCUGACUUCUAACACUGCUUAUGGGAAAACUGGAAUCCGAGACGUCCACCUGGAACUGAAAAACCUGACCAUGUGUGGACGCAAAGGGAACCUGCACUUCAUCCGCUUUCCCAGCUGUGCCAUGCACAGGUUCAUCCAGAUGGGCAGCGAGAAGAACUUCUCCAGCCUUCACACCACCCUUUGUGCCACCGGGGGUGGGGCUUUCAAGUUCGAAGAGGACUUCAGAAUGAUCGCUGACCUGCAGCUGCACAAACUGGAUGAAUUGGACUGUCUCAUUCAGGGUCUGCUUUACGUCGACUCUGUGGGCUUCAAUGGCAAGCCAGAAUGUUACUAUUUCGAAAAUCCCACAAAUCCUGAGUUGUGUCAAAAAAAGCCAUACUGCCUUGAUAACCCAUACCCCAUGUUGCUGGUUAACAUGGGCUCGGGUGUCAGUAUUCUAGCAGUGUACUCCAAGGACAACUACAAAAGAGUUACAGGGACCAGUCUUGGAGGUGGAACAUUCCUAGGCCUAUGUUGCUUGCUGACUGGUUGUGAGACCUUUGAAGAAGCUCUGGAAAUGGCAGCUAAAGGCGACAGCACCAAUGUUGAUAAGCUGGUGAAGGACAUUUACGGAGGAGACUAUGAACGAUUUGGCCUUCAAGGAUCUGCUGUAGCAUCAAGCUUUGGCAACAUGAUGAGUAAAGAAAAGCGAGAGUCCAUCAGCAAGGAAGACCUCGCCCGGGCCACAUUGGUCACCAUCACCAACAACAUUGGCUCCAUUGCUCGGAUGUGUGCACUGAAUGAGAAUAUUGACAGAGUUGUGUUUGUUGGCAAUUUUCUCAGAAUCAAUAUGGUCUCCAUGAAGCUGCUAGCAUAUGCCAUGGAUUUUUGGUCCAAAGGGCAACUAAAAGCUCUGUUUUUGGAACAUGAGGGUUAUUUUGGAGCUGUGGGGGCACUGUUGGAACUGUUCAAAAUGACUGAUGACCAGUAGAGAUGUGCAGCCAAGAGAGCAGCCCGUGUGAGGACAGAACUGGAACCUGCUGCUGGAGAAGGCGAACCGCGCUAUGGGACGGAAGCUAAGCCAUUAGGGCAGAUGAACCUGCUAUGUAAAUAACUUAGAAUUCUCCUAGCUGAUCUUUCACUCUUAGGUUUUGAGCUGAUGAUUCAAAAUGGGGACUCUAAGAGUUUUUUCUGUACACUGUAUUUUUAAAAAAACAAAAAAAUUUGUGCAGCGUGGCCAAACCCACCAAUUUUAUGCAUUAACUUUGAAAAGUUCUAUCAUGUGUAAGAAGGACCUGAAAUAGAGCUGUUCAUUUUUCUUCUGGGGUUUACUGAUCAGUGUGAUGAUUUUAACUUCAUUUAGUAAUUACUCUAGGAGAUUUUACCUUUACUUAUAUUUUUCAUGACGUUUCAUGAUUGCUAUUGGUUUCAAAUGAAACUGCAAAUCUGGCAUGUUUUACUGUGAACACUAGUUUGUUGUUUGUUUAUGCUUUUUUUUUUGUCUUGUUUUUCUGUUUGAAUGUCUUAUGAAAAAAGUCAUUGGCCCUGUUUUUGUCCUCGGAUGAUCUUCCUCCCUCCUGCCCAUAACUUCGCAUUAAUGUAAUUGUUCUUAUCAAUCAAGGUGCUGACCAUCUCAAUUCUAAGUUAAGCGCAAGAGCUGAAGUUCUCAAAAGUGCCCAUGAAGAGAAGACCCCAAAAGUGUUAUUAAAUUUAAUGAGUCCAACAAAAGUUGAAAAUUUUAUGCCAUUUUGUCUUAGCCCUUUGAGUGUUCUGUUGGAUUUAUUUUAUGUUAGGCUGUAUUAAAUGAAAAUAUUCUGUGAUGAAAUGUCCUCAUCUUUGCAUAUCAUACAAAUGGCAGUAAAUCUUUGAGCAAGAAAUUUGGAAUUUAUCUGGGAAAGUCAUCCAGGAGAUGAACUGUUCAUAUCAGGAGAUAUAGGAGAAGUCAUGGGUUGAGGCAUCAGGUAGUAAUAUCUGUUUCUUUUGUACAUGUAUGUACCUAGGAGCUUUGUAUCAAGACAUAUUAAAUAAUAAUGUUAAAGUUUUCUCAUUUUUACUAUUUUAAACUGAAAACUGUACUUUAAUCCCAGUUUCUAAAAUUAAAGAAUAAUUUAUGAUGUUGAUCUAUAUCUAUAUAUAUUAUUUUUUAAAUGAAAGACCUCAUUAAGCCUGAUGGGUAUCUUCAACUAUGGGUCUUGUACAAACAUUGGCAUGCAUGAGAUCCAAUGAUCUUUUGGAUUGAGCUUAUUGUUGAAAAGGAUUUUUGAAGAGCAGGACAAUUACUCCAUGAUGAAUCUUCCUUCUCUGCCUUUGGAGCACCAUCUUUAAUUUCCAUAUCUUUGAGUCUUGAAGAAGUUGACGCUAGUGGAAGAAUUCCCUUGUCUGGUUGAAAUAAAGCCCAUUUCUGUUGUGAUGUUA